UUAUCUGACAACAUCGAUAUCAGCGAAAUCACAUUUGACAUUUGUGGUUGUCUCAAAUUUUUGGUAUUUUUUUAUCCAAAUUUUCAAUAAUAUUUCUUUAAGAUGUCCGCUUUACCCGCACCAGUCAAUGUGUCUCCACUAAUCAAGUUUGGAAGAUGGAGUUUUCUAGGAGCUGGAGUCCUAUAUGGGCUCUUUCAUCAAAAUAGAUUAUCUAAGAAAGAAGCUGCCUUCAGGGUGGAAGAUGCAAAAUUGAAAGCAAUACGUGAUGCCAAAUUAGCUGAGGAAAAGAAGAUAGCAUCUGAUAAGGAAAUUAAAGAACUUGAAGCACUGGCUCGAUAGAUUGAACUAUUUUUCAAAUUAUCCAUAUAGAUUGUCAUUUGUGAAUUAGUUAUUAAGUAAAGUGUCAAAUUCUCACAUGAAUUCUAAGAAUAUAUGUAGUAGUGGGUAAAUUUUUUAUUCAAAUCUUCCAUAUACAAUUAGUAGGUCAACAAAAUACAAUGCAAUUUCUGGAUUAACUAUAA